AUGCGAGUCUCUACAGUUCUUUGGACAACUCCACACAGUUUUGACCAUCAACAUGAGUUAGAACAACUCUUUCCAGAGUCUGAUAUCCUCAAAAUGUUCUUCAUACUUACCCAUUUCACUCAGUAUUGCGACAAACUCCACAUUCCCGAAAUGCAACACAUGCCAGCCUCGGCUACCUUACUCUCCACUUUCAUUGCAGCAUCUGCUGGUUCUAUCUCAGACAGUACCAUGAGCAAUUGGCUCGCAGGUCUACAUUUUUGGCACAUCAGCGAUGGCACCCAAUGCCAUGGCAUUGACUCUCCACUCUUGCACCAUAUGAAAUGUGGUCUCACAUGUCUGGUACCCCCCAAUUCAAAACAAGCACAAUGUCCUCCUGUCACACUAGACGCACUCAUCCAGCUGGGUCAAGGACUUGACCUGUCAAACUCCUUUGAUGUCACAGUCUUCACUAUCGCGUGUGUGGCCUUCUGGUCUUGCUGCCGUCUCGGUGAACUCUUGAUUCCCAGCCCAAACACAUUUGAUGCAAUCAAGCACAUCUCUCACUCCAUUCUCCCUAUUACCACGCAUCAUUUCCACAAUAUCACCCCACAUGUCCCCCUCGUCGCUCUUCUCUUACAUCUUGAUGUCAAUAUGAACAUACCUUCUCAUGCCCCAUUAUUCUCUUUCAAAACAGCAGAUGGUGCUUGGUCACCUAUGACAAAACCCUGGUUCAUGGACCGUAUCAACACCAUCUGGUCAGCUGCAGGUCAUCCAGUCAUGCCUGGGCAUGCUUUCCGUUGUGCCAUGGAACUUCUAUUAGAAGGUGUUCACCCUGAUGUUGUAGCAACGCAGGGCCAUUGGAAAUCGAGAGCAUUCCUUGACUACUGGUGUCAGAUUGAGUCCAUCCUUCCUCUAUUUAUCAGCUACUGCUUCAGACACUCGACUCGUAUUCAAGCCAUGCUCCAGGAAUGGUUUGGUCUCGUUUUCUCUUCUUCUUCUCUGCGGUCCCCUCCAUCCCACACCUCGAGACUCAAUCACAACAGGCUCUGA